AUGGCUUCCCAAGCUCCUCCACCUGUGCCUGUCAAGAGACUCGAGCAGAUCGCAACAGAUGCUUGCAACAGCGCCCUAUCCGGUUCCGAGCACUAUGAUCACGCAAAGACGGGACAAUGGAAUCAAACCAUCAUCGAGAAGAUGCUCAAGGCGGUCAUGUCGGAGGCGACUCCGCAGGGCGCGGCGCCGUCGUACAAGCUCGCCAUCAACAGCACGAUCGUCCAGCACGUCGUUCCCAACUCGCAGCUGAACCGGUCAACAGGCACCACUAGCGGCGCGGGCGAGGAGGCCGAGGACGGCAAGUCUGCGACGACGGCGACGACGACGGAGAAGAACAAGGGCCAGGCCGGGCGGCGCGGCAUGCACAGCGCGACGGGCGGGUACUGGAACGAGAAGACGGACGGCAUGUGGAGCUUCAAGUACAGCGGGGAGGAGAAGGGGCUGGACGUGGUCAUCAUGCUGAUCUGGAUCGCCAUCUGA